AUGCCAUUAGUACGUAUUCUUAUUAUCAUUGCCCUUUUAACAAUAACAAUAAGCGAUGGUUUGCCAAAUGUAUAUCCACCUUCUUCCAAUGAAGAUCUAUCAACAGUUGCUGUUAAACCAAUUAUUGCACGCAGAGAAUAUUUCGAUCCGUAUGGUUUUAAUUCAAUUUUAAGUCGAUUUAUUAAACGUUCGAAUCUGUACGACACUGAUGACAACAAGAAGUGUUUUUCAGAUGAAAUUAAUAUUGCUUAA